GCGGUCAAAAGUGCAGGGAAAGACGGACGGAGUACUUCCUCAAUUCCCAUUCCACUUCAUGCUACAUGCUUCCAAAAGCAGUCAUCAAUGGCGAAUCCUUCAUCCUCAUUGACGUGCACGAAAGUAGCGUUGUUGACAGUGUUAGCGAUUGCCAUACAAAUCAUUGGUCUAUCUCUCUUCAUUUCCGGCUUCUUUCCCGUCAAGCCAACUCUCUCCGGUGGAAGUGGAUUAGAGAGUUUUUAUCAGCCGGACUUUAAGUCAUCAGAUGAUACAGAUGAGACCGUUUUGUCAGCUGAUCAGCUCAAAUCCUUGUAUCAGGAGCUGUCUGAGGUAUCUCCAUUUUUUGACAAGUUGAUACUGAUGGUAAUUGAUGGUCUUCCUGCCGAAUUUGUGCUUGGGAAAGAUGGGUACUCUCCUCCCGAAGCUUUUAAGGAGGCUAUGCCAUACACUCAGUCAUUACUGAAUCAGGGAAGAGCCACCGGCUACCACGCAAAGGCUGCACCUCCAACUGUUACAAUGCCUCGCUUGAAGGCCAUGGUCUCUGGCGCAAUUGGGGGCUUUUUGGAUGUUGCCUUCAAUUUCAACACUCAAGCUCUCUUAGAAGAUAACAUUAUUGUUCAAUUUCAUAAACUUGGUUGGAAAAUGGUGAUGCACGGUGACGAAACAUGGCUGAAGUUAUUUCCCGGAAUGUUUGUGAGACACGAUGGAGUCAGCAGUUUCUUUGUUAAGGACACCAUUCAAGUAGAUCAUAAUGUCUCACGGCACUUGGCUUUUGAACUUAACCAGACUGAUUGGAAUCUUUUGGGUCGUUCUUGCAUCAAGGAUUCUCACACCCACAUCCCCUUAGCCAACAAUUUUCAACUCUCCACUGUGGUCCAAAGAUCAGAUUAAGAUAAUAUUGCUCAUGAUCUAUCAAGGCCUUAGAUUCUACAUUAUCUUGGCUUGGACCAUGUUGGACAUAUUGGAGGGCGCAAGAGUACAUUGAUGGCCCCCAAACUGAGGGAGAUGGAUGAAGCAAUUAAACUUAUUGACCAAAGUAUUGUACAACCUCAAGGGAAUGAUAGAGGGCGGACACUAUUGCUGGUGGUUAGUGAUCACGGAAUGACGGAAAGUGGUAAUCAUGGAGGAUCAUCUUACGAAGAAAUGGACUCUUUGGCACUUUUUAUUGGCCCAAGAAACUUUGGUAGUAUGAAAAUGAUCCAUAACAUAGUUAAUCAGGUUGAUAUUGCUCCAUCAUUGGCACUUCUUUUUGGUGUUCCCAUUCCUAGAAACAAUGUUGGGAUGCUGAUGGGAGAAGCACUGAAAUCUUUGACAGGUUUGACCCUAUUAAACUUUCUUCUAUGACAUAAGGGGUAUGAAGAUAAAACUGAUCUAAAUAAUAUAACUUGAAUGUUAUUUUCAUUUAAAUGGUAAAGAACAGAUUGCUAAAGCAAUUUUUCAUCUAUGACUAUAAGAUCUGUUCUUUUGAGUUAGAUGUUGGAUCUUUGAAGGAGUCCGAAGAAACUAGGAAGAUAUGUAAAAAAACUGGAAGAAGUUGG